AUGGUGAAAGUCGACCGUCCACCGGCCAAUGCUUUCGUAGCAAAGGCCAGGAAACUUUACAACCCAAUUGGAUUCUCCAAGGGCUACAACUUCAUUCUCUUCUUUAUCUUUGCUGGCGCCCUGAUGGGGUUCACUCUCGCUCGAUUCCAGUAUCUCGACUACUAUGGCAUCUUUUGCGGCAGCCCGGGUAUCGGCGAAUGCUACUUUUUUACAAAGGGCGUUGAGGAGAUCGGCCUGAUUAUUCACCUUGGCACGAUCCUCCCAGCUUCGUUUCUCGUCUGCUUCCAAUUCGUCCCUGCGAUCCGGCACAAGGCCAUAAUGCUCCACAGAAUCAAUGGCUACGUGAUCCUGGCCUUAUCGCUCGUCAGCACCAUCGGCGCUUUCAUGGCCGCCAGACAUGCUUUUGGAGGCAGUCUAGAAACCCAGCUGGGAAUUGGCUUUGUUGGAAUUCUUUUCAUCAUAUGUAUGGUUUUGGGGUAUAUCAACAUCAAGCGAUUGCAACUCGAACAACACAGAGCCUGGAUGCUCAGAGGAUGGUUUUAUGCUUCGUCCAUUAUCACCCUACGGAUUAUCAUGGUUAUUAUGGCAAACAUCAUUAGUGCAGGUGAUGAAUACUAUAGCCCCAGGAUGUGUGCGCAAAUCGACUACACGCUCGGACAGAAUCGAACACUCCGAAAUUACCCCGACUGCGAUGUCUUCUACUCGGGCGAAAAUCUGAGUAAACAGGUUCUGGUUCAGGGAAAGUUCGGAAGUGGAGGCAACGCAAUGACAGCCGGCACCGCCUUAGGUCUCUCUUUUGGACCGUCCCUGUGGUUAGCGUUUGCGCUCCAUGCCAUUGGGAUUGAAAUUUAUCUUCGUUUGACUCCAUUCGAAGCUGAAAGACUUCGAAGCAUAUCUUAUCAACGGCAGCAAGAAGCUGGAAUGAGGAACCCUGGCCGGGCUGGAUUGACAGCCGACCGCCUAGGAGACGCAACAACGUGGAAACCCGCAUACGACGCAUGUCCGUCGCACGACGAUCCCCAUGAACUCUCUCAGUACAAUGGAAAUGAACGAAUGUGA